AGUUCGUUGGGGUUCAGCAGGAAGUAACAUCAUCAAUACUACCGGGUCACCUUCUUCUAAGGUCAUGUGGACCGCACACCUGCUCUUCCUCUUCACCUUGUUCGCCCCCCUCACCCUCGCGGUGAGUCGAGCCCCUAUCCCCAUGGCGGUGGUUCGUAGGGAACUGUCCUGUGAGUCGUACCCCAUCGAGCUGCGCUGCCCGGGGACAGACGUCAUCAUGAUCGAGAGUGCCAACUACGGACGCACCGACGACAAGAUCUGUGACUCGGACCCAGCACAGAUGGAGAAUACUAGAUGUUAUCUGCCCGACGCAUACAAGAUCAUGUCGCUCAGGUGUAACAACCGUACCCAGUGUGUUGUGGUAGCAGGACCUGAUGUCUUUCCUGACCCCUGCCCUGGAACAUACAAAUACCUGGAGGUGCAGUACGAGUGUGUCCCCUACAAAGUGGAACAGAAAGUGUUCCUGUGUCCAGGUAUCCUACGAGGAGUGUAUCAGAGUGAACAUCUGUUUGAGUCAGACCACCAAUCAGGAGCCUGGUGUAAAGAUCCAUUCCAGGCCUCUGAUAAGAUAUACUACAUGCCCUGGACCCCCUACCGUACCGACACACUCACAGAGUACUCCUCCAAAGAGGACUUCAUCGCAGCGGCGCAGGCCAUCAUCGCCAACGCCAACUACUACGACACCUGCAUGACCGCUGGGGCGCUCAAGUCGGACAUCGACCUCGCCGUCGACGAGAUCGCCUCUGGGUCCUGUACGCCACGGAGACGAACAACGGACGCAUCGUCGUCUCGCAGCUCAACCCCUACACGCUCCGCAUCGAAGGGUCCUGGGAUACCGCCCGACAAGCGGACCGCCUCCAACGCCUUCAUGGUGUGUGGCGUGCUCUACGUGGUGAAGACCGUCUACAGGACGACGACAACGCAGUACAUAGCAGCAGUGGACUACAAUCCCAGAGACAAUCUGCUGUACGUCUGGAAUAACUACCAUGUCGUCAAAUACUUACUGGACUUUGGGAACAACGACAAUAGAUUGG